CCUUGGUGGAGAGCGCUGGGAGCUGGGAACUGGGGAGAGGGCUAAUUUGAACCCUGGCAAAAGAGAAGGGGAGGGAUGCCAGGCAAAAGGGGUGAAUGCGGGACUGGAGAAGAGCGACCUGGAGGUGCUGGGACUGGCGGCUGCGGGGGUCUAUGGAGUCUGGGGGUAGGAAGCUGAGGGGUAGGGCGCUGGAGCUGGUCUUGGAUGGGAGGGGAGGCAAAGAGUGGAGGGCAGCCGGGAGCAAUGGUGGAGCAGGGGCGGGGACGGAUGCUCCCCUCCAUCCCACCCCCGUGCGUCUGCUUCUGGGACAUUAAAGGAGAUGGAUGGGAUAGGGAAGACGCAGCGCGUGGCCCCCGGCAGCUCAUCGCUCAGCCGCCGCCCCCGCACCGGAGGGGCCAGGGCGGGCGGCGGGCGGGGGUCGGGCCGCAGAUAAAGGCGAGCGGGGCACAAGGGCGGCCACCGCAGCAGCAUGAGCGGGACAGACGGGAGUCAGGCGGCGGGCGCGGUGCCUGACUCAGACCCGGGCCUGGCGGCGGUCGCCUCGGCCUACCAGCGCUUUGAGCCCCGCGCCUACCUCUGCAACAACUACGCGCCCCCGAGGGGGGACCUGAGCUGCCCCGACGGCGUCGGGCCUUGGAAGCUGCGCUGCUUGGCUCAGACCUUCGCCACCGGUGAGGUGUCUGGCUGCACCCUCAUUGACAUCGGUUCAGGCCCCACUAUAUACCAGCUGCUCAGCGCCUGUGCCCACUUUGAGGACAUCACCCUGACAGAUUUCCUGGAGGUGAACCGCCAGGAGCUGAGGCUCUGGCUGCGAGAAGAGCCUGGGGCUUUCGACUGGAGUGUGUACAGCCAGCAUGUCUGUCUCAUCGAGGGCAAGGGGGAAUCCUGGCAGGAGAAGGAGCGCCAGCUGCGAGCCAGGGUAAAGAGGAUCCUGCCCAUCGAUGUGCACCAGCCCCAGCCCCUGGGCGCUGGAGGCCUGGCACCCCUGCCUGCCGAUGCCCUGGUCUCUGCCUUCUGCCUGGAGGCUGUGAGUCCAGACCUGGCCAGCUUCCAGCAGGCCCUGGAUCAUAUCACCACACUGCUGAGGCCUGGGGGGCACCUCCUCCUCAUCGGGGCCCUGGAGGAGUCAUGGUACCUGGCUGGGGAGGCCACGCUGGCAGUGGUGCCCGUACGCGAGGAGGAGGUGAGGGAGGCCCUGGUGCGGAGCGGCUAUGAGGUGCGGGAUCUGCGCACCUACACCAUGCCUGCCCACCUUCGGACGGGUGUAGACGAUGUCAAGGGCAUCUUCUUCACCUGGGCCCAGAAGAAGGUGGGGGUGUGAGGCCCCUGUGCACGCAGGGCCAAUGGCCCUCAUCUGCCUAGAUUCCCUGUUGUCUGAGGUGGCCUCUAAUAAAGAAAUAAGUCCCUG